GUGGGAGGGGAGAGAGAUUUUUACGGAAACUGUCAUAUAAAUCAGAUCUAGCUAGAUUUCUUCUGCCAUGGAUCCAUCCAAUGUUACAAUGUAUCGAUUAUUGAUUGAUUGAUCGAUCUUCUAAUCCUUCCUUUAUCAUCUUUAUGAUCAUCAUCGUCGUCUUUCAACAUGCAAUGGAUGGUGCCAUCAUUGAUUUGAUUUGAUUUCUUCAUACCUAGCUAGCUAGCUAUAUAUAGCGUGAGCAAAUCGUGUAUAUAUAUGAUCUGAUCUUCAAAUUCAGCUUAAUUAUUGAUUAAUAUCUCCAUUCUCAUCAUUAAUUGCAUGCAGAUCUGAAUGAAAACAACAAACAAAUAAACAAAUGUCAUCGUCUUCUUCUCCAUGUGCAGCCUGCAAGUUCCUCCGCCGUAAGUGCACGCAAGAAUGCGUAUUUGCGCCGUAUUUCCCACCGGAUAAUCCUCAAAAGUUCGUAAACGUUCACGACGUGUUCGGAGCCAGCAAAGUUUCCAAGCUCCUCGGCGAAUUACACGCCUCACAACGUGAAGAAACCGUCAAUUCCCUCUCCUACGAAGCCGAAUUCCGCCUUCGCGAUCCGGUAUACGGUUGCGUAGGCCUAAUCUCUCUUCUUCAACACCGCCUAAGUAAACUCCAACACGAUCUAGCAAUCGCAAGAGGAGAAUUAGCCGGAUAUAUCGGUUCCUCUGCUCUUUUUCCAAAUCUAUCAUCUCAUUCUCAUCCAAACCAUCUACAACAACACUCCGCCGGCGGACCUCACAUGUCGCAUCAACAUCAGUUGAUAGGGAUGCAGCAGCCUGAUGGACAAUUGAUGGUUAGAGAUCAACAACAACAUCAACAAUUUUAUCAUCAGAAUGCCUCGCAUCAUCAUCAACAACAACAACAAAUGCUGGAGUUGCAACAAUUUGCUGGAAUGCAGGGUUAUAAUGGUGGAUCUGACGUAGAUGUUACUAAACAGGUUCAAAUGCAUGAUCAACCUCUUCUGGAUUUGGGUAAUUCUCAUCAUCAUCAUGAUGGUGUUUAUCAAUUUCAACAACAACCGGAAUUGUUGCUUCACCAGCAAUCAGCACCGGACCAUCAUCAGCAGCAAUCAGCACUUUAACUUAUAAGCUAGUAGCGAAGAACGUCUAAGCGCUGAUCCUUUUUCGUUGAACUUUUUUUUAGAUAAAUCUUACAGUUACUCUCUUUAUAAUUAAUUAUUUAAC